UUAAUAACCUCAUGUUCAUCAUUCGAAACGCGGGUAAGGAAUUGUAAGUAGUCCUUAAUUCUGUAGUUCCGAGCCUUCCCGCAGGUCCGAGUACUUUUACUUACACCAUAAAUAGAGAGUGUUUUUUCAGUUCUUGUAAUUCAUCCUACGCUGAUCUUUGCGGGCCAAAGAGAGCUUUGAUUUUGAUUCCAUUCACAUCUCAGUUGUGAUAAUAAAGACCUCUUGACGCCACUUGUCAAGACGACUCGCAACCUACUUCUAAAUUCUGUGUGGAUAUUCCUGUUCCAUCAAUAUGCGUUUCCAAAUCAGUUUCGCUUCCUACAUUGUGCUCGGGCUCAUCUCCACUACCUACGCAUUACCUUCAUCUGUCAUACGCAGUCCACACGCCCGUUCCGACUUACGUUCUGUGGAAAGACAAGGACAGCCCAGUGACAUGAGCGUAUCUGCAGAAGCUGGCACUCUUGAUACGCUGGUGGGUAUCAACUCCAGAGGCGACGAUCCCGUGCCCACCACUACAAUCUCAGUCACCUUCCCUGUGUCUGGUUCCAGAAAAUCUUUCAAGGUCCAAAGCGCAGCCAAGAAGGCUGUCCAGACACUCCUAAACAAAGCAAAAUCCAAAUUAGAUAUAACUGGAGAUAUCCAAGUAGUGUUCACUAAUCUGUUUACUUCUCCCAAGAUAAUACCAACGGAGAUACCAUUCACAUUCUCGGUAGAAGCUUGUGGAGGGAGAUGCAAAGGGCUUGUGAAGGGACCUGGAGAGGGCGUGAUCAAUGACGCGAAAGACAAAGUCAUUUUUCAGGCGGAUUAGCGUUACACAGUCCAAUGAUGAUAGUAGAAGUGUGUAGGAUCAUAAAUUCGUUGAGACCGACGCGGAAUGCACAUAUUCGCAUCCUUUGAAUCUUCUAUUUGGGCUUCGAUUGUGUCGAUUUC